AUGUUGGCCGUGUGCAAAGAUUACGUGCUCACGUCGGGGAAGGACAGCGUGGUAAAACUGUGGGAGCUGUCGACAAGUCGUUGUCUCAUCAGCUACACUGGUGCCGGAACUUUAGGACUGCAUACUCAUCGCUCCAACGCAGUGUUCAAUCACACCGAGGAUUAUGUCCUUUUCCCGGAUGAGGUGACAAAAAGUCUGUGCUGUUGGGACUCUCGCAAUGCCGAUCGUCAGCGUCUACUGCCACUGAGUCACAACGGUCCAAUUCGGUGUUUUGUGCAUUCACCAACCACAGCGGCCUUCCUCUCCUGCAGUGAUGACAAUCGCGCACGAUUCUGGUACAAACGACCCAUAUCUGAUUAG